AUGGCCGUGCUGGCCGCGCUCAUACAGGCGCAGCCGCAGCUGGUGCCCGCUGCUAUGGCUGACACCUACCACGAAUUACUGCUGCGGCCUGAAGACUAUCUUCGGCCGCUGCGAGCGCUGACGAGGGAAUGUGUGAGAGCGGCAAGAGCAGAUGCGCAAGCGCUGUUGCCGCUUGCGAGGGCGUUGGCGCAGCCGCCGCCGCAUGAGCCUGCUGCCGAGGUUGGUUCCUUAGUCUACGAUCUCCUAUUAAACGCUAUACGCCAUCAACGUCUGAAGGAGACCACCACAAUGUCGCCCAACAACAUGGCCGUGCUCGCCGCGCUCAUCCAGGCGCAGCCGCAGCUGGUGCCCGCCGCCAUGGCUGACACCUACCACGAAUUGUUGCUAAGGCCAGAGGAUUAUCUGCGGCCGCUGCGAGCGCUGACGAGGGAGUGUGUGAGAGCAGCAAGAGCCGAUGCGCAAGCGCUGUUGCCGCUUGCAAGGGCGUUGGCGCAGCCGCCGCCGCAUGAACCGGCCGCUGAGGUGCGCGAGCGCGCGUUCUCAUCCCUGGCGGACCUGUUCUGCUGCUGCUGCCUGGUGACGGGCUCGCACAGCAAGCACGUGCCCGAGUUCCGCGCACAGCUCAGCGCCAUCCAGGGCGCCGCGCUCGGCUGGCUGCUCGACACCGCCGUGCCCGUCUACCGGCCUUCCCGCCACGACUUCCAGCUGGCGCUCAACAAGAUAAUGUUCGUGGAGAGCGCGGAGGCGUACAGCAAGGCGGACAACUGGCCGCCGGAGUGCGAGCGCGCGCUGGCGCACCGCGUGUGCUGCGAGGCGCCGCUGCCGCAGCACAACCUGCUGCGCAUCAUCUUCAUCGGGCUGUCCAAGGCGGACAGCAAGGCGGACAACUGGCCGCCGGAGUGCGAGCGCGCGCUGGCGCACCGCGUGUGCUGCGAGGCGCCGCUGCCGCAGCACAACCUGCUGCGCAUCAUCUUCAUCGGGCUGUCCAAGGCGGACAGCAAGGCGGACAACUGGCCGCCGGAGUGCGAGCGCGCGCUGGCGCACCGCGUGUGCUGCGAGGCGCCGCUGCCGCAGCACAACCUGCUGCGCAUCAUCUUCAUCGGGCUGUCCAAGGCGGACAGCAAGGCGGACAACUGGCCGCCGGAGUGCGAGCGCGCGCUGGCGCACCGCGUGUGCUGCGAGGCGCCGCUGCCGCAGCACAACCUGCUGCGCAUCAUCUUCAUCGGGCUGUCCAAGGCGGACAGCAAGGCGGACAACUGGCCGCCGGAGUGCGAGCGCGCGCUGGCGCACCGCGUGUGCUGCGAGGCGCCGCUGCCGCAGCACAACCUGCUGCGCAUCAUCUUCAUCGGGCUGUCCAAGGACAUUCCAGUGGCUCCAGCCGAAGCCCUAGAACUUGUAGAGCAGUUGGUACGAAGAGCCUGCGCACUACCACCCGAAGACAACCCUCUGCAUGUGGACAAGCUCGAGCUGGCCGAAUAUGUGUUCCAGCUGUGCCAGUUCUCCCCGCCAGAGAACAUCACGCUGCCUGCCGGGUACACGCCUCCCGCGCUGGCCAUCACAUCUCUGUACUGGCGCGGCUGGGUGCUGCUGGCGAUGCUGGCGGCACACAACCCGCAGUCGUUCGCCGAGCGAGCCGCCGCCACGUACCCCACGCUGCGAGCGCUCAUCGAGACAUGCAUCACCGGAAAACCGAGCAUAGAGUGGAACACCAACCCAGCGGCGGAGGCAGAGCGGGCGGAGGCCGAGCGCGCCGCCAUCCUGCAGUUGGAGACACACUUGGCGGCCGCUUCUAACGCCAAGCUGCCGCUCACUGAACACUCCUCGCGUCUGCUUAGCCAGCUCACGACUAUGGACCCGCUGGGCCCGGCGCGCAAACCACCAGCCGGCGUGCUGGAGACGCUGCAAGCGCUGAGCGGACAGCUGCGCCUGGGCCGCCUGCUGUGCCGCCAGCCCGCGCUGCUGCUCGAGCUGGUGGAGCGCCACGGCACGCGCCGCGCCAUGCCCUGGCUGCACCAGCUGCUGCGCCACGACCGCCUGGAGCUGAGGUAACCGGCCGGGACAGCA